AUGGUCGGUAGUUUUAGAACGAAACAAUUUUUCCAUCAUAGACGUGAAACGUAUCAAAAUCCUUCAACGGAUAUUGAAUCUAAAGUAAAUUUGAAUAAAGAUUUUGAUCUUGCAUAUAAUGAUUUAAUUACUAAGAAAAACAAGGAAAAUCAAUAUCAUCAUCAUCAUCAUAUUAGGAGAUGGAAAAAUAAUAAAGUUCCAUUUUAUGAUUUCGAUGACUCUAAAUUAGAAUCAAUGACUUCUUUUGGUAGUUCAAAAACACCAGCAAAGGAGAAUAUAAUGGAGGGAGUUGGUGGUGAUGAUGGCUACUAUGGGUACAAUGAUAAAAGACACAAACCAUUAAGGUUUUUCAAGAAGCAAACGGGGGUUAAGAACAAGAAAAAUAAUUCAGAAAAUACCGGAUCAGGUGUUGAGGAGGAUGAGAUUAAAACCCUGGAUUAUAAUGAUGACUGGAACUCUACAUUGGAGAGGAAAAUCUAUAAUCUUGAAAAAGAGGUAUUUUCUAAGAAUUCUUUUGUGUCAACUGGUGGAGAUGAUGAUAGUAGCACAAUAUCUGAGGAGGAAUCCUGUCCAUCAAGUCCGUACGUAAAGAGUACGAGAGCAAAGAAAGAAGACAAGGUUAUAUCUAGAGAAAAAGUGCUAGGAGAGCUUGGUAUGGGUGAUUCACCUAUUGGUAACAUAAAUAUCAAUUCUAAUAUAGUAAGUGGAUUAAGUGACACGUUGACGUUAGUCACUUCAGCGCAAAGUACUACCCCUGACGAAGAGAGAAUAUUUUCUGAGAUAUAUGGUAACCGCAACGAUAGUUAUUUGUAG